CAGCUGGGGCUAUCUGUUUAUGUCAACCUGACUGGCAGUGGAGUGGCUGUUUUUCCUCGCCUCUCACGGAUUCUCUCGCCUCCGCGUAUCUGCUUGUAGUCUUCUUUUACGCGAGAUACUCGGCUGAGCUCGUAUCGUUUAUGAAUCAAUUAUCUGCCACAAAUCCGUUCUGACAAAACAAAUACAUAUUUGAAGUGGGCUGUAAAAUAUACUCCUAUAUAUUGGAGAAAGAGAGACCAGGCAAAAGGGAAGUGUAUCCAACCUACUCUUUUCCAAAUGGAUGGGAUGAAACCAGAAGCGACGGCUGAGGAGAAUCAGGAUGAAAGGGAAGAAAGCAAAGGCUGCUUCGAGUGUUGCAUCAAGUGUCUGGGCGGUGUCCCUUAUGCAUCUUUGGUGGCUACCAUCUUGUGCUUUUCGGGUGUUGCUCUGUUCUGCGGCUGUGGGCAUGUGGCACUUACGGGCACUGUGACCAUGGUGGAAAACCACUUUUCACGUGUCACCUCUGACCAUGCUACCCUCACUAAUGUGGUUCAGAUUUUGCAGUACAUCAUCUAUGGAAUCGCCUGUUUCUUCUUCCUGUAUGGCAUCAUCCUGUUGGCUGAAGGCUUUUACACCACCAGUGCUGUCAAAGAGAUGCACAGCGAAUUCAAGACCACUGUGUGUGGACGCUGCAUCAGUGCCAUGUUUGUGUUCCUCACCUACAUUCUGGGCUUGGGUUGGCUGGGCAUCUUUGGCUUCUCUGCGGUGCCCGUUUUCCUGUUUUAUAACAUGUGGACUGCUUGUGGAGCCAUGAAGUCCCCUAUUGCCAAUCUCACCUCUGUGGACAACAUCUGUGUCGAUGUGCGACAGUAUGGAAUCAUCCCAUGGAACGCUAUUCCUGGUAAAGCCUGUGGCUCCACGCUAAGUGCUAUCUGCAAUACUAGUGAGUUCUAUUUGUCCUACCAUCUUUAUAUUGUUGCCUGUGCUGGAGCUGGAGCCACUGUGAUCGCACUGAUCCACUACCUGAUGAUCCUGGCAGCAAACUGGGCCUAUCUCAAGGGACUGUGUCAGCAGACUCAUGCCUACCAGGACAUCAAAACCAGAGAUGAUCAAGAGCUGCAGGAUGUGCAGUCACGCUCAAAGGAGGGUCUAAACUCCUACUCAUAAACAGUUCUCCCAACUCUUAUCUACCCAACCUCUUUCUAACCUGUUCUAGACCACACAAACACACACACACACACAAACCUGCCACCCUCAGAUGAAACACUAUACACAAACUAACACUGCUAAGCGCUGCGCUAUCCCGACUAUACAUCAUAACAGUGGUAUAAGUUAGUUAUAAUCAUGAUGAAACAUGUCAGGCAAGAUAUUAAACAUCUGUAACAAAUGAUGAGUGGAAUCAUGCAGUUUAUGGUGAUAGGAUGUGUUUUUCUCAUCUUCAUGGUGCAAAAGACCAAUGGUAUAAAAGUGUAUGUAUUCUAGUAUCGUACUGUCAUUUGCAAGUAUUUUUGAAUUGCUAGAAAGUGUACGUACAGUGCAGAGUCAUGGUUAUAACUGGGUUAUGUUUGGUUUUAUGAUGCAUUGUCUUGGUGAAGCGCUGCUUAAAUGAUAGACUGUCUGCACUAACUCCUCACAGACAUUUUGCAGGAACUUCCUUUUUUUUGGCGUUUUAUACAUAUAUAAAUAUAUAUAUAUAAUUGUGUGAAAGUGAAUGAAUGUUGUUGUUUUUUUUAUUUUAUUUUUAUUAUGGGUCCCAGGUUGUGUAUUGAAAAUGUCUGUUUAUUUAGAAUUUUUCUCUGAUCUCUAUGGCUUCUAUCUCUCAGAUCUCUAUCUUAGAUUUCUGAAUUCACCUUUUUCCAACUCUCUUUCUUAAUUUAUUUUUGGAGGGGGUGGGGAACAAUACUGGUUCUUGACAAAUUGCACUAAUCUCGUAAUAGAAAGCUGGCGUAUUAACACACACACACGCACACAUGCACAUAAAUUAGAAAAAAAUUACAUAAAAAAAAUUCAAAUAAAGGAUGCUUCCUUAAAGCUGUCAAUCUUGAGUAUCAUUAUCAAACAGUCAACCUUCAAAAUUAUAUUCUGACAACUGUGUCUGACUGAUAUAAAUCUGACAGGCUAAAAA